GCGGAGCCGCUUUGACAGGACAGGUCGGAAAGGGAUAACGGGAGUGAAAGCUCUCCGAAGCUGGGGUGCUGAGUGCCCAGCCGCGGGGGUCUGUCUGCAUUCCUUCCGCUUGUGUGCCCAGCCUCGCGCGCCCCGCUCUUGGGCAGCCCGGUGAGACAGCUGCCGACGGCCAGGGGCUCCCGGAGACAACCGCCGCCCCUGCUAGCCCCUUCACCUGCGGGUGCAGCUCCUCCAACGAGCCCCGUCCUGCCGCCAUGAGUGAGCUCAGUACCAACGAGUCUCCAAAAGCCAACCAGGCAUCCAGUCCAGAAGAAAAGGAGAAAACAGAUGCCAAGAAGGGUGAGGAAGAAGAAAUUGACAUUGACCUGACUGCGCCCGAGACAGAGAAAGCCGCACUUGCUAUUCAGGGCAAGUUCCGCCGGUUCCAGAAAAGGAAAAAAGAUCCCAGCUCCUGAGCCACCAGCCUGAGCCUUUGUCCUAGCUCCCCUUUCCCCUUGUACCGUUUUCCAUAGGCCCUGAUUCUUCUGUAUUCUUCUGUUCCUAUUUUCUCCACCCUGUCCCUGGGGCAGUAUCAACCCUCAGAAUUGCCCCUGCCUCAGCCAUCA